AGCUGUCAAACGUUUGAUGAAAGAGGCUGCAGAACUGAAGGAUCCUACAGAUCAUUAUCAUGCACAGCCUUUGGAGGAUAAUCUUUUUGAAUGGCAUUUUACUGUCAGAGGCCCUCCAGAUUCAGAUUUCGAUGGAGGGAUUUAUCACGGGCGAAUAGUACUGCCACCUGAAUAUCCCAUGAAACCACCCAGCAUUAUUUUGCUGACGGCCAAUGGCAGGUUUGAAGUGGGGAAGAAAAUUUGUUUAAGCAUCUCAGGGCAUCAUCCUGAAACAUGGCAGCCUUCGUGGAGUAUAAGAACAGCUUUACUAGCCAUUAUUGGAUUUAUGCCAACCAAAGGUGAAGGAGCAAUAGGAUCUCUAGAUUAUACACCAGAAGAAAGAAGAGCUCUUGCAAAGAAGUCCCAAGACUUCUGUUGUGAAAUGUGUGGCACAUCUAUGAAGACAGCCCUCUUACCACUAACAUCUGGAAGCGUGUCAAGCCAGGCGGACAAGGAGGCUAAAGAACUUGCCAGACAAAUUAGCUUCAAGGCAGAAGUCCAUUCAUCCAGGAAGUCUGAUGUUGGACCCUCAAACACGUCAGGAUUGAACCACUCUGCUGCUUCACGUGAGCCCCAGCAGGAUGGUGCAGCUAGAGCAUUCCAGGAUCCAACAAGUGCAACGUCUGAAACUCAGAAUAGCGGUGCAGCAGCCAGUCAAGAGCAUACUCCGCCUGUGUCCACUAACACGUCUAUGAGUCCUCGGCAGCGCCGUGCCCAGCAGCAGAGUCAGAGGCGGGCUCCGUCUUCAACUGACUUUAAUCGGGUACAGCAGCCAAGAGUCAACAUGAACAACACUGGAUCAACUGUUCUGAUUGUCCUUCUGACUUUUGCAUUGGCAGCUCUCAUAUUUCGUAGAAUAUGUUUGGCUAAUGAGUAUAUAUUUGAGUUAUAAGGUUGUUUCUGUUGUAACAGCGGUGACUUGAAUGUUUCAUUGAACAUUCUGUAUUGGGUAUGACAUGAGAACUGUUUACAAAGGUUACUUUUUGUAUUUGCGCUUAAGUCCUUAUGAAUGUUAAUGUACCUACAGAUACAUUACUUGUAAGAAAAGCAAAGUUGGACAUUUAACUACCAAAAGUGUUAAUUGAGUGCCCACUAGAUACUUGGAGAAACACUGCAGUGGAAUAGUAACGUUAAGGCAUGUGGGAGGGGAGUCAAUUUGAGUAAUUUAUCAACUAGAAAAAGACAAUUUAAAAAAAGUGGUUGAUUCACUUUUUUGUGGAACAUAAAUGCAAUUCAUCACCCCAUCUAAGUUAGUAUAAGAUUUGACAUUGGAGAAGGAAUUCUAAAAUGAAACGCUGCGAUGUGUUUGUGUCCAGUGAACUCUUAAUUUAGAGAGGAUACAGUUUUGUAACCACUUCUGUUUACCAUGACACAUUUCUAGAGGGGGAGCACAUACAAAUUGGUUGUGAUGCUGCUUUGUGCGUGUGAAAGGGAGAAGGGAGUAGGGGAGGAAAGAAGGGGCCAGAAAACUACUUGCAUUAUUUUGAUUUUUAUUUUUUGGAAGAAAGAUUGGAUAAUCUUUUGCAAGAUUUGAAUGUCCUCUUCUAAUACUCUCAAUUGUAUAUCUUGUUUUUUUUAAAUUUGAAGAUUAUAUAAAACAUGUCUAUUCUUGCAAUAGUUAUAAAUAUGUAAUAUAAUUAUUUACCCAGAGCUAUUGUCUUUUAAUUAUACCAGAAAUAUACAUAAUGUGUUGAACUGAGUGUUUCAUAUGUGGUUUUAUUUACUAAAGAAAAUUUAAACCUUAUUAGACUUAAGCAUGUUCAUAUAUAUGAGAGUUUAAGAGAAAUAUUUAUUAAAACCUUGGUAAUAAUAAAGAGUUUCAAG